AUGAUGGACGAAAGCUCAGCACGUUUUCCCCCGAACCGAGGGAGAAAGUCUCGUGGACUGCGUCGACAUGAAUAUCGUAUAAAAGCUAAACGGCUGCAGUACAAUGAGUUUCAUCCGUCCUCAUCUGGUGAAAUCGACCCACGAAUCUCCUCUUCAUACACUUUCAUUCGAAAUGAAGAUCCCUCCAACAAAGUUAUCUCAGGAGAUUCAUCUAAACCAAGUUUCUCUUUGCAUCUACUAAUAGCCAAGUAUCAAAGUUCUCCGUCGCGUCUCUCGCUCUUCUAUCCAUAA